UCGGCAUCAGUUGAGAUCUUCUUCAGCCAUAGGAAACAUGUCUCUCAAGAUCGUCUUGCUGUCCGCCCUCGUGGCCGCCGCCCUCGCCCGUCCCGACAGCACUCCACCGUCCUAUGGCGCUCCAGCCCCCUCCUACCACGCUCCCGCGCCCUCCUACCACGCCCCCGCUCCCGAGUCGCCGCCCAAGUACGACUUCAACUACGCCGUGAACGACGACUACUCCGGCAACAACUACAACGCCCAGGAGACCCGCGACGGCUACAACACCCAGGGCACCUACUACGUGCAGCUGCCCGACGGCCGCCUCCAGAAGGUCACCUACUACGUGGAUGGCGACUCCGGCUACGUGGCCGAGGUCACCUACGAGGGUGAGGCCCAGUACCCCGCGCAGAGCUACGGAGCCCCCGCCCCGUCCUACGGCAAGCCCGCCCCAUCCUACGGUACCCCUGCCCCAUCCUACGGCACCCCCGCCCCAUCCUACGGCACCCCAGCCCCAUCUUAUGGGACACCCGCCCCGUCUUACGGUACCCCCGCCCCGUCCUAUGGCACCCCCGCGCCAUCUUAUGGUACCCCCGCCCCAUCCUAUGGAACCCCGGCGCCAUCCUACGGCACCCCCGCCCCCUACAGGCCAGCCUACCAGUGAGGUCCUGGGCAGUAUUUAUAAUGAGUGAUUAUGGGAACCAUCCGUAUGAGUAGUUUUCUGUCAUACGAAUGAGUCAUAAAAUCACUCAAUAGUGCUUCUCUUGCUCAUAACAGAGGUGACUGCAGUUGAUGAAAGGAGUCCGACACAAUGUACGAACAUUAUAUUUUAACACACGUUAAAUUAUUAAAAACGCUUGAAAAAUAAGUAUAAUGAGUUGUUAUUUACAUGCGGGCUAUAUAAAUUAAAAUAUGCUGGUUGUGUAUUUAUAGGAAACAAUUCAAUAAACAAUACCCCGUAACACUGAUU